CAUACAUACACGUUAUAAAGACCCCACAACGUAUGAAUCUGGAUGCAGAUAUACUCUCUCUCUUUGACUCUACACAUUAAUGCGACUACUUCACUACAAUAUCUCGUAAAACAAUACCACCGCACGCUUUUAUAGCUAAUACGUCAGAGGUUUAUCCAAGAAAGAGAUGGUGGCUGCCAGCAUCACCGGUGGUGGCGGCGCCGCCGUCGAGUGGCCAACUACCCGAGCCUUCGCUACGCAAGUCCUAACCGGCCGGUGGUUCAUGGUUUUCGCCACCACACUAAUCAUGUCCGCCGCCGGAGCCACCUACAUGUUCGGUCUGUACUCCUCGGAGAUCAAGUCCGCUCUGGGGUACGACCAGACAACCCUCAACCUCCUCAGUUUUUUCAAGGACCUCGGCUCCAACGUCGGCGUCCUCUCCGGCCUGAUCAACGAGGUGACGCCGCCGUGGGUUGUCCUCUCCAUCGGCGCUGUCCUCAACUUUUUCGGCUACCUCAUGAUCUGGCUGGCCGUCUCGAAGAAGAUCUCGCGGCCGCAGGUGUGGCACAUGUGCCUCUACAUCUGCAUCGGCGCCAACUCGCAGUCCUUUGCCAACACCGGUGCUCUUGUCACCGCCGUCAAGAACUUCCCGGAGAGCCGGGGAGCCGUCUUAGGCCUGCUGAAGGGGUUUGUUGGCCUGAGUGGCGCUAUCAUUACGCAAAUAUACCAUGCGGUGUAUGAAGACGACUUAAAAUCUCUCAUACUCCUCAUCGGCUGGGUGCCCGCCGCCCUAGCCAUAUCGUUCGCCUUUCUGCGUACGAUACGGAUCAUGAAGGUCGUUCGCAUCGCCCAUGAGCUCAAAGUGUUCUACAGAUUCUUGUAUGUAUCACUUGGGCUGGCUGGAUUCCUCAUGCUGGUGAUCAUACUGCAAAAGCAAAUGGAUUUCAGUCGGGGAGAGUAUGGAGUGAGUGCAGCCACUGUGAUCUUCUUGCUUUUCCUACCAGUUGCUGUUGUUGUGAAAGAAGAAUUUGAUCUAUGGAGGAAGAAAAAACAAGAAUUGGACAACAUUUCCUCCCAACCGAUAAAGAUAGUAACUGAUAAACCACCACCCGCAGCGACGGUGGUGGAAGCAACCGCAACCGCAACUCCUCCUGUACCUCCACCACGGGCAUCCACCGUAACGCCGCCGCAAAACGAAGAACUCUCUUGCUGGAACCCAAGAAGCAUGUUCCGGCCACCGGAUAGAGGAGAGGACUACACAAUCCUGCAAGCCCUUUUCAGCAUAGACAUGCUGAUCUUAUUCUUUGCAACAAUCUGUGGAGUUGGAGGAACAUUAACAGCUAUCGACAACUUAGGGCAGAUUGGUUCUUCAUUGGGCUACCCGAAGAAAAGCAUCAGCACGUUCGUGUCUCUUGUCAGCAUAUGGAACUACCUCGGAAGAGUAGUUGCGGGCUUCCUGUCCGAACAUUUCUUGAAAAAGUACAAGUUCCCCAGGCCACUUAUGCUCACUCUAACACUAAUAAUCUCGAGCAUCGGCCAUGUUUUGAUCGCUUUCAACGUCCCCAACGGACUCUACGUCGCCUCCGUGAUCAUCGGGUUCUGCUUCGGUGCUCAGUGGCCGCUGCUUUUCGCCAUAAUCUCUGAGCUUUUCGGGCUCAAAUACUACUCCACUCUGUACAAUUUCGGGUCGGUGGCGAGCCCGAUUGGGCUGUAUGUGCUCAACGUCAGGGUGACGGGGCAUUUGUACGACAGGGAGGCGGAAAAGCAGUUGCUGGCCUCGGGCCGAUCGCGGCGGCCCGGGGAAGAGCUGGACUGUAAUGGGGUGGAGUGCUUCAAGUUGGCGUUUGUUAUAAUCACUGCUGUGACUGUGUUCGGAGCCAUUGUUUCGCUUCUGUUGGUGAUUAGGACCCGGAAGUUUUACAAGAGUGACAUAUACAAGAAGUUCAGGCAGGAAGAGAAGACGGCGGAGGCGGAGAUGGCGGCGGCGUCCGCCGACGCGAAUGCUCAAACUUCAAAGUAAUAAUCAAACCUGCAUAUAUAUAUAGACCGCGAUAGGGCUAUAGAUUAGAUUUCACGAAGUGCAAAGAAAUCAGUCACUGAAUACCAAGAAUUUAUGCAAUGGAAUGUUCAUUUGCAAUGAAGUUUAAUUAAUUUCUGUU